CUUGAACAGAUCUUGGCAUAGAUGAGGCUGUUUUGGUCCCUUUCACACGUAUGGAUGCCAUGCAUCCUCAGCGCUGCGUCCGCCAGCCCCGCCUUCUUGCGACUACCACAUGCAAAUGGUGUGCCCGUUCCAUGCCUUUCGACGCUGAAGACUCAUCACUUGCCGCCUUCCCGUCCACCACCUUUCUGGGCUGUCCGUCGAGAUGGCGCUCUUGGUGCCGUCGGAGAGCCGCCACCAAGAAGGCACCAUGCAGCAGCAGCGUCCACAUCCUCGGCGCAUGAGCGGACACUUACGGCAACACGGGAGAGGAGGCAAGAUGAACAUGAUGACUAUGCUCUUUCAACAAGGCGGCACAGCCGCAGGGAGGGCACGUUCAGUCGGCGCGAAGCGCUCCAGCAUGGACAGGAGCGACUUGCAAUGGCACUGGCCAUCGCUCUAUCCACCUGCUUUCCUCCCUCGUCUGCAGAGGCUGCAGUUGCUGUCGAGCUGCCUAACGUGCAAAAGAAGUUUGCAGACGGCUCUCUGGCUCUUUCACCCUCUUCCUCUGAGCCGGCUUCUGCACCACUAUCAUCAGCCACGGCCAAGAAGGUCGACGUGAAGACCAUUCUUCAGAAGUCAGCCAAGCGUGCCGUCGGUGGCGGGCUCUCAGGGUCGGCCGCGUCGGUGCUGCAGGUGUUUUCCCUCAUGUGGCUGCGGACGUCCAUGAACUAUCAGUACACUACGGGUCUGCCUCUCAACACGACGCUGGCCACCCUGUGGAGCGAGGGAGGGGUUCCGAGGUUCUACCGCGGGCUGCCCUUUGCUCUGGUGCAGGCGCCGCUGAGCAAGUUCGGCGACACGGCCGCCAAUGCUGGUGUGCUGGCUCUGUUGGACUCGUUCGAGUCGACUAUGGGGCUGCCGCUGUUUGUCAAGACGGCGAGCGCAUCUGUGGCUGCUGGGCUGUGGCGAAUUGUAAGCCACAUACAGGCAAUGGCCAAAACAUGCUGACUGACCAUUUGUCUGUGUUUGUGCAGGUGAUAUUUCCUGUCGAUACGUUCAAGACCACGAUGCAGGUGCGGGGCGCGGCCGGCAUUCCCCAGGUCUCCGACAAAGUCAAGGAGACCGGCCCCACCGUCCUCUACAACGGCGCAAUCGCCGCAUCAGCCGCCACAUUCGUCGGGCACUAUCCGUGGUUCUUCACCUACAACUACCUGCAGGAGCACCUGCCGCCCGUGGAACCGGGGGACACUCUGAUGAAGCUGAUGCGCAACGCCUUCAUCGGGCUUUGUGCGUCAAGCCUGGCGGACUCGCUGUCCAACUCGUUGAGGGUCAUCAAGACGACCAAGCAGACGAGCGAGGAUUCGCCGUCGUAUCGGGAGGUGGUCUCGGGGAUUAUUGAGAAGGAUGGUGUGAGGGGCCUGUUUGGGAGGGGUCUUGCGACGAGGCUGCUGACGAAUGGUGUGCAGGGGAUGCUGUUUGCUGUCGCGUAUCGGUUCUUUGAGGAACAGUUCUUCAAGAAGUGAGUGUUGUAGGUUUGUCUAUGUGGGUGUGAGUGUGUGUGAAGUGUGGUACCUUUUGUCUGGUACGGUAGCGAGUGAGUAUUUGUGUGCAGAUUGAGGACCGCAAUAGACGUAGCGUAGGACACCAGCCGUUUUAAGACUUGAUGCGACAGUCAAUACGAGUCAUCUAUCGUCCC